AUGCCGCGCAGCGUGUCCGUCGUGGGCGUGGCCGCGGAGGUGCACAUCUUCCGCCGCGCGGCGGAGGAGACGGGGGGCGCCUACGGCGUCGCCCUGAGCGAGGCCCACCUCAGCGAGCUGCUGCUCUCCCACGCGGCGCCGCCGCCCGCGCCGCCGGGGCAGUCCAAGGCGGAGCUGGUGCGCAUGGGGUUCCCCCAGCGCAGCGCAGAGGACCCCGCCAGCUCGGUGUUUGUGGGCGAGUCGCCCGAGCUGCUGCCGGGCGGUUACACCUGCCCCCGCUGCAAGGCGCGCACCGCUGAGCUGCCGUGCAGGUCUGCCAAGAGGGAUGUCCAGGCCAUGAACUCGGGGUUGGGGUUGCUUGGAGGCUUUGGGGGGCGGGGGCCGAAGGCCGAUUGCACGUAG